GGUCCUUUUCUGAUUGGCUGUCAGUCAAAUUCAUGAAGCUGCUUUGUUCCUCAAGCUACAAGCUAGUGUAGCUGGCAAGAAAUAGAAAAAUUCUGACACGGAAACGACCGAAGGAACCAGCUCUGCUGCAAAAACCAUGAGAACUGUGGGGGGAAAAAUAACAUUUUAUAUAAUUAAUAUCAAAUAUUACAUACAAUGAGAGAAAAAAGUUAAUUUUUUUUGGUAAUAAAUUCAUAAUGUGCUAUCUGAUGAAAUCUUCUGCCACAAAGGUCCUGGCCAUCUAAAAAUCAGAUGGUUUCAGGCAGAAUUUAUGCUAAAUGGAUGCAAAAAUGACUGAACAGUGAAUAAAAAAACUUUCUAAAACUUGAUGUUUCUUUACAUGUUUUGUAGCAUUGUCUGUGGGUUUACAGAGGGGGUCCCCAGCCACAGGUUAAUACUCUUUGGGGGGAAAGUUUGGGAAGCCCUGUGCUAAAUAAAAGUAUCAAAAACUGAGCUUUAAUUUUAUUUAAGGGAGCAAAAAAAAAAAAAAAAAGAAACAAUUUUUCUAUGGGAAAUAUUUAGUAUUUUGCCAAAAAUACCUUUGGAGCAGAAAAAAUAAGACAUGCUGAAUUUGACUUUUUAAUGUCAUAAAACAACUGGAGUAAAAAAGUAACUUUUAAUUUUGCAGCAGCAGAUGAAGUGGAAUCCUGCCUAAAAGCCCCUAGUUGAUAUUCAUGUCAUUCAGCUCCAGCUGUCAUUUCUCAGACACGAUGUAUGAACUUUAAAUGGACUUUCUGCUGCAGUGAGCUGCUGCUUUAUGGAGCGGAGAGGUGGGGCUUCACAUGGAUACGCCCUCCGCAGCCCACUGACGCUAACAGGGUGUCAUAGUGGAAGUGGGUGAAGUGAUGCGUGAAGCUGAUGGAUAUGGAGGAUAAGAGAGUCGGGCGUCCCGAGGUCUUUCAUCAGAACGACAGGAGAGCCGUCACAGCAGCAGAGACCCGGCUCAGAACAUGAGGCUGUCAUCGGGCUGGACGACGCUGAUUUACCUGCUGCUCCAUGGAGCUGCUACCGUCUGCACAGUUAAAAAGCCGCCCAGUAACCCUGGAAGGUUUGCCAACGCCACCUUGGUGCAGCUGGCUGACUUCCUGAGCGCUGGAUAUAAGAAAGGAGUGAGACCUGUGAAGGACUGGCGGACGUCUACUAUCGUUGCCAUAGACCUCAUGGUUUACUCCAUCCUCAAUGUGGACGAGAAGAACCAGGUUUUGACGACGUAUGUGUGGUACAGGCAGUCGUGGACGGAUGAGUUCCUGGUGUGGAACCCGGAGGACUUUGAUGAAGUCAAGCAAGUCUCCCUGCCUACGGCUAACGUCUGGGUUCCUGACAUUCUCAUCAACGAGUUCGUCGAUGUGGGGAAGUCUCCAGAUAUUCCUUACGUCUACGUUACACAUGAGGGUCUGGUGCAGAACUACAAGCCCAUCCAGGUCGUCACCGCCUGCACACUCAACAUCUACAACUUCCCGUUUGACGUCCAGAAAUGCAGCCUCACCUUCCAGAGCUGGCUCCACACCAUCGACGACAUCAACAUCACCCUGAUGCGAAGCCCCGAGAAGCUCCGGGACGACAAGAGCGUCUUCAUGAACCAGGGAGAGUGGGAGCUGCUGCACAUCCUGUCCAAUUACAAGAUCUUCAGCGUGGACAACGACGACUACUAUGCAGAGAUGAAGUUCCAUGUGGUGAUCCGACGGCGGCCGCUGUUUUACACGGUGAACCUGCUGCUGCCCAGCGUCUUCCUGAUGGUGAUGGACAUCGUUGGUUUCUUUCUGCCUCCAGACAGCGGAGAGAGAGUUUCCUUUAAGAUCACUUUGCUGCUCGGCUACUCGGUCUUCCUCAUCAUCGUGUCCGACACUCUGCCUGCCACGGCCAUCGGAACGCCACUGAUAGGUGUGUACUUCGUGGUCUGCAUGGCUCUCCUGGUGAUCAGCCUAACAGAAACCGUACUGAUUGUUCGUCUGGUCCACAAGCAGGAUCUGCAGCCACCCGUCCCCCACUGGGUGAAGUACCUGGUCCUGGAAAGAGCUCCGGUUCUCUUCUGCAUCCACAAAAAGCACCGCUUCUGUGCGAGGCUGUCGUCUCAGGCUUCAGAGCUGGACCACUCCAAGGAAAACAACUACGGGACGGCCCAGUGCUCCCUCCACCACACCUGUGAGAUAGGCCAGAGGCUCAGCCAGCAAGACAGAGAGGGUGGAAUGCUUGGACUUCGCCUGGCCCCAUCCAGGGACAACACUCCGCCCGUCAUGGACAACAUCCUCCAAGAGGUGACGGCCAUUCGGCAGUUCCUGGAGAAGAGGGACCGGUGUCGGGAAAUCGCCAAGGAGUGGCUCCAGGUUGGCUAUGUGCUGGACGUGCUGCUCUUCAGAGUCUACCUAGUGGCCGUGAUCGCCUACAGCAUCACACUGGGCACUCUGUGGUCGGUCUGGCAGGUGGCCUGAGUUUCGCCCCUCCACCCAGUCAGCGUAGGUCAAUCACAAAUAAGUAUAUCAAGUGUAAGUGGCUGAAGCUCAUCGGAUAAAGGAGGCAUUCAUGAAUAGAGAAAUAACUCCUCUAGAUGAGGCCACCAUGUAAAUUCAGAGGACGAGACAGUAAAAUGUCCUCGUAAACAUUAUAAUUUAGGCCUAAUCCAGUAGUUUGAAGGCAUAUGACUCAAAAGUAACAAGAGGGGCUUCAUCAGGAGGAACACAAAGGCUUUCUGAGACGAUCCAAAGGCACAUUGGCAUUCUGUCCCAAACUGUUUUAGGUGCAGUUAAUACGCAUCAUUACAGGGGGUAAAACGGGGACAUUAGUGAAGCCAAAGCUAAGUUUUAUCCCAGAUAUCUACUGAGUUGAAGAAACUAGGAAAUGAAAACCAAUAAUCUGAAGAUGAGAAAUGAUAAUAAACUUGGUUACCAAAUGAGAAAAUAUAUAAGAAAAAUCUAUGAAUAUAUAAAUGGACGCUUUAUUGCUACACAAUUAAUGACUUAAUAUAUGUAAAUUGCUAACAAAUUGUUUAGGACUGCUUUUUGCAUUUAGCUUUUCCUGUACCUGAAACUUAGGAAAUGUGAAGUGGGGCAGUUUUUUGGAGAGCUACACAUUAACGCUGUUGACACAAAGUUUCUUAUCUCUCCACAUGAAACAUAAAACAAAACAAAAAAACCCUGACAGCUUUAAUGUUACUUGCAGAUUUAAACCAGUUUAAGAUUUAAAAAAGAGCUCAGCUCAACUUAGUGAUUUUUCAGUAGACAACUGUAGAUAAAUUAAAUGAUGUAAGCAGACAAAGAAUGCGUGUUAUAUUAAAAUAUUUAAUCUCUUUGUUGCUAAUUACUACAGGCUACAACUGUAGGCAGCAGUUUCUGGUUCUGCCUGUCUCCCAGAGCGGCGGACAGAAAGUUACAAAUACCCAAUAAACUGGCAUUUAUAUAGCAAAAGUUAGCUAGUCUCUGCAUAUUAGCUACAUUUAGCUAAUGCUAGGAUAUAAAUUUAUGUUAGCUCGCUAGCAUCGGCUAAUCUUGUAAUCUGAGCUAACUCGUAGAAAGCCAAAUCCUGACUUUUACGUUCUCGUCUGAUUUUAAUGUACAUUUUACAUUGACUGAUGCUGGAAAAUACAACUUGGCUGACACAGUGUGCUACAGCAAGACAGUAACAAUGAUUUUAUUUUAUUUUUUUUCCCAGUGCAACAUUGUGCACAUACAUUUUGGUUGUGUUUUUGUGCCAACGGAAAAAUAAUGCUGUCUGUAAUGACCGAAAGAAAAACAACAAACGCUGUAAACAUUUCUACUAUGUUGUAAAACGUAUCAUCAAUUUUGAAGAUAUAUUAAACAGACAAAUUUAACUUGAAAUCA